AGCUUAUUAGGUGCAUAGCAAUGCAAACGAGAAACUCCAUAACUAAUAGUUACCAGUUGACUAAAUAGUAAAGAUUCAUUAUUUCAUUAACAUCCAUUAAUAUGUACAGCCACUAACAGCCACCCCUCUAUCCAACUUUGAAAGUACAACGCUCCCUUGACGCACUGCCUCUUAGUUUGAAGCAGUGCCCACAGCUCACAGCUCACUUCUCAUUCUCUACGGCUGAAAUAUGCCGCCCUGAGAGGUCUAGAUGGCUCCUCCUUUCGUUCCCUACACGUACAUACAAUGCCCUUGCUAUGAAGCGUCGAGCCGCAGUCGUCCUUUAGACGACUCACCAUCCCCGACAUCAAAGGAUCAGGCCGAUGACGACGACGAAUGCACCUUCGAUCCACGCGCCCCGCGGUCCAACUAUAGCUUGUAUCCUCUAGAGUACCUGUUGUAUUGCGAUGUGUGCCAUCAGAUUCGCUGUCCACGAUGUGUCGCCGAGGAGAUCGUCACUAUCUAUUGCCCCAACUGUCUCUUCGAGGUUGGAAGCAGCAGUCUUAAGACGGAAGGAAACAGAUGCACCCGUAGUUGUUUCCAAUGCCCAAUAUGCAUAGGACCGCUUGCCGUGCAAUCCCUUGAGUCGGCGCCUGAGUCGUCCUCCUUCCUAUCAGCCGACAGCGCCGCCACCGCACCCCCCUCUGGUCCGUGGAUCAUGACUUGCUCCUACUGCAACUGGAACUCGUCCGAGAUAGACAUCAAGUUCGACAAGCCCCAAGGCAUCUUUGCCCAGCUCGCCCGCCUCCGUCACGGCGAAGACCAUUCCAAGCACUCUGCUACCACUACCGCCGCACCCGGUGAAGCAUCCCCCAAGAAGGCGGACAACGCAGCUACAGAGACAGCUCGGGCUAGAUUCUCCGCGCUCAAAUCCUUUUACGCCGCCCAGAAUAACCUCAACUCGUCGAACUCUAGCGGCUUAUCGGGUAUAGCCGACUACGGUUUCAACUCACCAGGCGCUCUCUCGCGCAUCAUGAAUUUGUAUUCAGGCAACAGUGUAAGCGGGGUGGGGCUUAAGCCUAAGCCCAAGGCUAGCACGAUGCGCGAGGCAGACGCGGCAGACGAGGGUUUCCGCGUCAGCGACUUAGACGAGGAUGCGGCAGUCGCAAAGCUGCGCAGCGAAGGCUGGGCUGGCACCGUGACGGGUGACCAGGCGCAGACACAAGUCGAGGAGGGCGCGCGCUUCACAAACGAGCUCUGGCCGAUUCCGUACUUACUGCGCACGAAGCGGUCGAAGCGAUGUCCCGUAUGCCGGCACAUCAUUAGCAAGCCCGAGUCCAAGGUCGGCAACACGCGGUGGCGCAUCCGCCUCGUGGCCAACAACUCCAUCCCCUCCCUAUCCAUCAAGGCCCUCACCCUUCCCUCCACCACGUCUUCCUUUUCCUCCAACAUCACCCCCUACCCUCCCCCCUUAAACACCAGCGGAGGAGGGGGCUUGCUGAAGCCACUGCAGCCCGCGCAGUUUCUGCUUACCUUCAAGAACCUCAUGUUCGACGAGGUCAAGGUCACGCUCGCGACACCCUCCAUAACCCCCGGGCGCUUCGCGUCCCGCGUCACCGUUCUAUGCCCCGAGUUCCACAUCGACGCCAACACCGACACCGACAUGUACCUCGAUGACGUCCUGAAAGACGGAGACAAAGAUGGCAGCGGUAUUGGAGGAGCCGGCGGAACCAGCGGAGUCGUGGGCGGAGUCAGCUCCGGGGGCCGCCGCCGCCGAGGCCACGAGGGCGCGAUGCACCAAGCCGAAGCGGGCAAGGUCUGGGAGCGCGGCCGCAACUGGGUCAGCAUCGUCGUCGAGGUGAUCCCCGCCUCGCUCCGCGGCGAAGAAAUGCACUCGCCCACUCUAUCCCGGAAAGGCAGCGAGCCCUUCAUAACCCCCAUCCCACCAAACCCCAACCCAAGCUCCAACCCAGCAGCUCCCCCGCCCCUAAGCCCAGACCAGCUAGGCGAGGACGAGGACGUGCUGGAGAUACCCAUGUUCGUGCGGCUGGAGUGGGAGGGCGACGUGUCCCAGGACCAGGUCGGCACCACCGCCGGCAAGGAAAAGGACUCCAAGGAGAAGAAGGAGCUCGCGUACUGGUGUGUUAUUGGGAUUGGGAGGAUCAGCCAGGAAUAAAAUAAUGGAUAUUAUCUUGCUAGGUAAAGCUUUUAGAAAAAGAAGAAGGAAUGAGGCUAAACAAGAGAGACGUGAGAAGAGGCAUGAGAUGAGAUGAGACAGAGAAAUUUCUACGAUACCCACCCCUUGGAAAUUUGGAGAUUUGAAGCCCAUACCUAUAGAGGUAUGGAUGGAUGGAGGCAACGAAAUGAUCACGAAAUAGAAUUUAGCAUGAGGCACACGACACAAAAUGGU